AUGUUGAGGACAAUAGUGAAACCUAGUUGUCAUUCGGCAACGAUUACUAAUAGGUUAAUUCAUUCACAAUAUAUUCAAAUUAGAAACAUUACAACAAAAAAUUCUGUCCUUAGGGAUAAUAUGUCAAUUAUUUCGGAUACAAGAACUUCGACGAUUCAACCACCAGAUACAGUAUUUCAGCAAUCAUUUCUUCGAUCAAAUUUUUUAAAUAAAAAUAAAAAUCGUCCACAGGAUAAUAUUAGUGCAGAAUUUAAAUUAUUUACUGGAACACAAAAUAGUGUAUCGUUGACUAUGGCUGAUAAGAGAGAUGUUAUGAGUCUUUGGUCUUUAUUAGAAGCUUGUUUACAAUCAAAUUAUACUGAAAGAUCAUUCUCUAUAUUAAAAUCAUUAUAUGAAAUCAAAUCACAUAGAAAGACUUUUAUUGAUGAUUAUAACUAUUAUUUUAAUCAUAUUGCUAAAGAUUUUAAAAAUGUUAAAUUGAUGAGUGAUAAAUUACAAAAAGAUUUAACUGUGCAUUUUGUAGAUAUUCAACCAAACGAUAAGACUGUAGCAAUUUUAAUUCAUCAAACUCUUAAAUUGGCUAGAAAAAAUAAUGAUAUUAUGAAUAAUUCAACACGACAAAAUUUAGAAUUAUUCUUUUCAAUGAGUUCAAGUGGGUUUAAGAAAAUUUGUUCAAAUAUAGACAUUUUAACUUUAGAUGAUUAUAAGACAUUACAUUUAGAUUUGGAUAUGAUUAGAGAUUACCAGAUUCCAACUAAUAUUAGAGAUCUUGUCGCUAGAAAAAAUAUAACUAUGAAAAAUGUUAGUUCAGAAGAUGUUAAGAAGAUAGAAAAAGAACAUAAUGACAAAAACGAUCAUAACGAUAUAGUUGUGAAUAGUACUAAUCUGGUAACUGAUUCUGUCACUUCUAAGGCUUCUGAACCCCCUAUGAAAUUAGAUGAAGAUGUUAAAACUGUAGAAAAGGAUGCAACUAAAUUAAUGAAUGUUGAUACUCUUGGUAUGAGAGUCAUUAAACAUACCUUAUUCGGUUUAUCAUUAAAUGAAGAACAAAAAGAGAAAAUUGCUAAAUUUAAUUUCGAAGCACCUGACAAUGUACUUGAUGUAAAUGAUAAAAGAACUGUUAAUUUUUAUGAAAUGUAUAAAAAUUUAAAGACUGACGAAGAAAAAGAAAUGUUUGAAACUACCUUGGAAGAAUUCAAUCAAAAUAGACAACAAACUUUGGAAGUUAGAGCUACUGAUGCAGCUAAAGAACGUUGGAGACAUGAUUUUGAAGAAGCUAAGGCAAGAGGUGAUUUAUCCAUACAGAAAUCGUUGAAUUCAAAACUUUGGAAAUGGUAUACAGAAAUGUUGCCAUUAUUAAAAAAAGAAAUUGAAGACUGUAAAAGAUAUUUAAAUAAAGAAACUCUUCAAAAAUCAGCAACAAAUAGGACAGAUUAUGCUCCUUAUUUAACAUUAGUAGAUCCAGAAAAAAUGUGUGUCAUUGUUAUUCUUGAAUUAUUAAAGCUUAAUUCUACCGGUGGUAUCUCAGAAGGAAUGAGAACAGCAAGAGCAGUUAUAUCAGCAGGGAAAUCGAUAGAAAUGGAAUUCAGAUCUGAACAACUUUUAAAGAAUGAAUCCUACCUAUUGAAGGAUAUAAAUAAGAAAUCUAAUGAGUUUAAACAAUAUGUUCGUAACGCCAAAAAAUCAUUAAGAUCAUUGAAAUUAGAUGAAUCAAAAAUUAUAUGGCCUCAACAAAUUCGAGCAAAAGUGGGUUCGGUAUUGAUUUCAAUGUUAAUUAAAGUAGCUAGAGUACCGGUUGAAGGUAGAGAUCCAAUUAGUGGUGAAAGGGUAUUUGGUGAUGCUCCAGCAUUCUCGCAUAGUUAUCAAUAUCAUAAUGGUGUCAAAUUAGGUGUUAUUAGAAUACAUCCCGCAUUAAUUCAUCAACUAAAUGGUGAAAGAUUAAUGGCAUCAGUUCAACCACAAUUAUUACCAAUGUUAGUCAAACCACGUCCAUGGGUAAACUGGAAAUCAGGUGGUUAUUAUUACUCUCAAUCUAGCUUAAUAAGAACCAAGGAUUCGCCUGAGCAAAUGGCAUAUAUCGAGGCAGCUUCAAAAUCGAAUGCUAUCGAUAAAGUCUAUGAUGGUUUGAAUGUCCUAGGUGAAACAUCAUGGACAGUCAAUCAAAGAAUAUUUGAUGUUGUUUCCAAAGUUUGGAAUAAUGGCAAACCAUUUUUAGAAAUCCCAGGUGUACAAAUAACUCCAAACUAUUUACCUCAACCUGCACCAGACGCUGAUCCAUCUGUAGUCAAUAGUUGGAAACAAAAAAAUAGGGAAAUAGCCAAUGAAUUUGCAGCCAAUAGAUCUAUGAGAUGUGAUAUGAAUUAUAAAUUAGAGAUUGCUAGGGCAUUCUUAGGUGAAAAAUUCUAUUUCCCUCAUAAUAUGGACUUCCGUGGUCGUGCAUAUCCAUUAUCACCACAUUUUAAUCAUUUAGGUAAUGAUAUGAGUAGAAGUUUGUUAAUAUUCUGGAAGGGUAAGAUGUUAGGGAAAGACGGACUACGUUGGUUGAAGGUGCACUUAGCAAAUUUGUAUGGUGUUAAUAAGAUUCCAAUUGAAGGUCGUGUACAGUUUGUCGAAGAUCAUAUGGAUGAAAUUAGAGAUGCCGUUGAAAAUCCUUUGAAUGGUAAGUUUAAAUGGUGGCAAACCGCUGAUAAACCAUGGCAAACAUUAGCUACUUGUAUUGAAUUAGUAGAAGCUUUGAAACUCGAAAACCCAGAAGAAUUCAUUUCUCACCAACCGGUUCAUCAAGAUGGUACUUGUAAUGGUUUACAACAUUAUGCCGCUCUUGGUGGUGACAUGGUUGGUGCUUCUCAAGUUAAUUUAAUUCCAGAUUCAAAACCAAAUGACGUUUAUAUGCAUGUCGCCAAUAUUGUCAGAGCAAACUUACAAAAGAAGGUAGAAGCUAAUCCAGAUGAUGAGAUUGCAAAAUUUUUCAUUGAGAAAUUGAAUAGAAAAAUUGUCAAGCAAACCGUUAUGACACAUGUGUAUGGUGUUACCCUAAUUGGUGCUACUCUACAGAUUGAUAAACAAAUACAUGAUAUGCUCGGUGAUAGAACAUUAUCUUUGCAAUACUCCAAGUAUUUAGCUAAGGCUGUAUUUGCAGCCAUUCGUCAAUCAUUUCAAGGUGCUCAUUUAAUUCAAGAUUGGUUGGGAGAAUGCUGUAAUAGAAUAUCUAAAUCAAUAAGGUUAGACUUGGAUAAAAAAUCCAUUGGGAAAGGUAAGAAACCAGAAUUCAUGACAUCUAUCAUUUGGACAACUCCACUCAAUUUACCAAUUGUACAACCAUAUCGUGAAAUUAGCAAGAAACAAGUGAAUACUAAUCUUCAAACUGUCUAUAUUAGUGAUCCAUUUGCUGUUAAUAAGAUUAACGCACGUAGACAAAAAGCAGGUUUCCCUCCUAAUUUUAUCCAUUCUUUGGAUGCCUCUCAUAUGUUAAUGUCAGCUACUAAAUGUAGGGAGGAUGGUUUGGAAUUUGCUUCAGUACAUGAUUCAUACUGGACGCAUGCAUCGGAUAUUGUCACAAUGAAUAAAAAUUUAAGAGAACAAUUUGUUGCAUUACAUGAAGUUGAUUUAAUUGAGAGAUUAAAGGACGAAUUUGAUGAAAGAUACAAAAAUUACGUUCAGAUAUCUAAAAUUCCAAAAUCUAGUGAUAUGGCAGCUGAAAUUAUGGCGCGUAAGGAUACUAUGGCUAUCGAACUUGGGAGAGCGGUUACAUAUGUAGACGAACUUCAAUUUGAACAAGAACGUCUAGCUCUUCUAAACUCGGAAUUUGAAGAUGAUGUAAAGAAAGGUCAAGAAAUGGUUACUACAAUUUCCUUGGCUAAAGGUAGUGAAGAACUCUUUUCUGAGAAAGAAAGAAAGGGUGAACAAAAUAUGUUGACUAUUUUAACACCUUUAGAGUUACCUGAAAUUCCAGCAAAGGGUGAUUUCGAUGUUGCCAGUGUUAAGGAAAGUACAUACUUCUUUUCAUGA